AAACAGGCACAGAAAAACAAUACCUCCGUUCAGGGAGGUAACAGAGCUUUCAACACAACACCAAAUAUGCAGGCAAAUGCCAUCCAGGUUCCCGCCUACAGGUUAGCGUGGAGAAAAUGCAAACUUGAGCCUGAAGCGUGUAACACGAGCUGUUGGUUUUGGCAGGCGUUAGGCGUCUGGGGCACUCAAAGGGGUGACCCGGAUCCGGUGUAACAGUAAAACUUAUCCUUCCAAAAUCUCUGUAAACUACUUGAAAUUUUCGCCUAUACGUACAUUGAAAAAAUCUGUUGUCAUAAUAACCAUUUACAAAUUAUUAUCGAUAUUUCGUUUUGCUUCCAACACAGAAGCAAAGCGGUCGCCUCCUUAGGAGGAGUUACACUGAGUACACAAGCUGUAUGUGAACGAUUUGCUCGCGACACCGGGCUGGCCUAGCGUCACCCCACCCCUCCCAACAUGGCGACCGAAGUCAAAACAACGACGCGGGUCGUCCGGCCCAUGAAGCUUAUAGGCCUCAUUUGCUCCGGAAUUGCCUGGAUUUUAAUGAUUGUGUGUCUGGCCAGUGACUACUGGGUUCGGUCAGACACGGUCAGGUUUUACCAAGGCCUGUGGAACGAGUGCGGGAAGGUGACAGACGCCACCCCUCCCCCUACCCCCUGUACCCCCAUCAGCGCACAGGGCCAAGCUUAUGUCCAAGCCUCGGCAGCCUUCAUCAUCAUGAGCCUGCUGCUGGCACUGGCAGGGUUUGUGCUGGGCCUGAUGGCCUUCUUCAUGGACAGGUUCCGCGGCUUCUACAAGUGGGCAGGUCUGGUGCUGCUGGUGGCAGUGCUAUUUGCCCUGAUAGCGCUGAUCGUGUUCCCGGCCAUGUUUCACACCAUCCUGACAGAACAACUGUCCACAGACCCCACGGCACUCAAGGACCGCAUCAACUGGGAACUGGGCUGGGGCUACGGCGUGGGCUGGGGAGCCUCUUUCUUCUUGAUCGGAGCUGCGCUACUCUUCCUGUUCGGAAAGGACACAAAUGAAAUCUAUGAGACAACCAGCUACGAAGGCUAACCUGGGUCUUCCUUUUUUUUCUCUUUUGGACCAUGAAAUUGUACAUGACACAAAGUGUUUUAUACACAAAAAUUGCUUAUAGCUUUGAUUACAUUAUGCAGUAAGCGCUUUUGUGUUCAUCGAUGAGACAAAAUUUGAUAGCUGAAAAAAAUGACUGCAUAUCAGUUUGGUUAGUGGCAUGAUGAGCAUAGUAAAGAGCCGGUGAAGUUUUUAAAGAGUAUUUUACUUUUCUGCAGGAAAAACAGUUGUGGUGGCGACUGUUAAUGUUAGCUGUACUGUGAUUAUCAGUAGCAGGUGUAGGCAUGUGGGACAGUGGAGUUUCUCUGCAAUCUCAAUCCUGCUGACAAGCUGUGUACAUGGAACACAGGGAAGGUGACAGUUUUUGAAUACUUGUCUGACAGCCAGGAGCACCAUGUGGUGACAGUUCCUAUCACUGCCUCACUAAACACACCUCCAACAGAACAUGGGGCAACAUCAACAAAGAGCUUAAACACUGAAAAGUGCUAAAGUCAGUGAACUUUUACUGUACAUGUAAGUAAUGUAUUUUCAUAAAUUGUUAUUAUGAAAUUAGGGGACUGCAAAAUUUUAUCUUUGACUUCAACACUAAGAACAUUUGGAGUAUCUUGACAUUUAUACCUUCCACACAAAGAGUGUCAAUUAUAGCUGACAAUUUCAAUCCUCCACUCUAGAGAGUUCCCAGUUUAGAUGGUUUGUAGUUUGUACCCAGAAGUAAGACAGGUCUGUGUUUAAAGUAUCACCUAACUUUAGUCAAGAUCUUUUAUGCCUCAAUCAAUGUCCCAGUGUCUGCAGACAACAUAAAUUUCCCCAUAACAACUCAAUGAAAAUGUGACUUCACUUUUCAGACUUGAUACUGUACUGCUGAGCAUUACUCGUCUUUCUGAGUAAUGUUUUUCUGCAGAUUGUGUGGAAAGUAACAAAGCCGUCAGUCAGUUAGAAAAUAUGAAAAUUUCUAGUGAAAGAGAAUAACCAUUUUUGGCUUUGUUGGAUUGUUUGUAGAGCUGUAGCAAUGUAAGUGAACUUCUUACCAGAGAAGGAACUUUCUAAUUAAGUAACAAAAAGUGUGAAAACAGACAAACUCAAUUAUUAAAUCUACUUUACCAAUACAGCCAGAGAUCUAGAAGAACUUCUGAUCUAGUUGCAUGUCAGAUGCAAUUAAAUGCUGCAAAUGUUUGACGAGUCAUUCAAUGUUAUAUAACCAUCUGCUGCCGCACCACAUGCCUGCGAAGCUGGUGAUUGUGCUGUCCAUGCUACAUGUAGCUGUUGGUACUGUAACUGCCAAGUUUUCUGUACAUGUGCAUGAUGAGGACUUGACCUCGUAACCUGGCUUCCUGUCUAAUGUUAAAACAACCAACAGCAGGCCACCAGACAAAACACAGCUCUGGUGGACUGGGAGCAAAUUAGCUUUCCUUGAUGUGGCAUGUGUUUUACUUUACCAAAAACAGAUGUACAAAUUCUUUCUUUGUGUGCUGCCAUGUGUGUUUACAGUGCUGAGCUGUGGUAGAACAGAGAUACUGGCCAAUGCCAUAUUAUAUAUUAGAAUAUGUCCUAUUUCUUUUUUCUAGAGUGAGAGCUUAUAUUUGUAUGCUGUAUUGUUAAUGGCAUAGGGGAGAACCAGUGAAUUUGUUGCGCAUUAGAAGUUUUUUUUUUUUUACAAAUUGGCCCAUUUUUAUUGUAUAAUCAUAGUUGAAUUAUGAAUUUUUUUAUAAGUCACAAUGUGUCAUAAUUUCUUCAGAUCCUACAUUCUCUGCAAAUCAACUGGUUCUCCUUUUGUUUUUUUGACAUAAACAUUGCCAGGCUUAUGUUAUAAUAUUCCAUAUUAUUAUUAAAGUAUGGCGUACAUGCCAACAUAUCUUUGGGCGCAUCCAUUCCAUGUAUUGUAAGAGACAAAAGGUUUCAGACACCUUGAAUUUAUCUACAGGACCUGGUAAAUUUGUUUUUGACUUUGUCCAAUUAUAAUCUAAGGCAACAAUUUUUAUGGCUUGCAACUUUUCAAACCUUAGUAAAUGUACUGACAAUGAUGUGUCUGGAAGGUGUAUGGUAUUGCAACAUCCAAAGUCUAUAUCAGAUACAGUACUGUAGGGAUACAUAUUUUUUGUUCAGUUCUAAAAUGAAUCUUUCCAAAACAUUUUACAUUUUUACAGUAUAACUUAUCAGCUUAAUGUAUUCCAAAAAAUCUCGUUGUUUUGAAAUACUUUGAAUCUGAUCACAGAAAUACAGAGCAUGAUCAAUAAGUUCAAGGCCUCCUCCAGAAAUAAGGUGCUCAACUCAAAUUUCAGGACGUAGUUCUUGAAUAUAAAGCCUUCUAUUAAUGUCGACCAAAAUUCAUGUCAUUGACACUUAUGAAAAUCAGUAGUGCUAUGUAUGGAGGUGUGCACAUCAACUUCAGCUCUGCUGAAAGUCAGAUACCCACUCCUUUGAAGUUGAAAUACGAAGGGAAUCCUCAUCAGGCAUCUUGUCUGGAAAGAUUUUGCUGCAUGAUCACAGUUCACCCCUGUUCAUCUCACCACUUACCUACUGAUUUUAGGUCAUCAACUGGGAAGUAUUGGCCACAAUGAUUUGAAUUUGAUGGAUAUUGAUAAAUGUCUUCACAAAUUUACUGAUUGCCCCUCAUGUGUAGAAUCUGGUUUAUGCUUGUUGUCCAUUGACAUUGCAUUAUGUUACACUGCAUAGAAUUGUGUAUUUCUGCUUUCAAAAAGACAGAUACAUGUAUUUUCUACAUUGUAUGUUCAGCGUGUAUUACUGGAACCUACAUGUAACAGCAGCAGUUACUAGUAUCCCCUCCUUCACUAAUGCAUAUAACAUUACAGUCCUCAACAGUGUGCAUGUGACAGGACAACUGUACAUGGAAGUCUAACAGUUGUACAUGUAUUCGGUUUCAGCAAAGAAGCUUUAGAAAUUUCCCAUAACAUAUUACAUAUUGACAUAAUACACAAUUUUUGCUGAUGUCAAUCCAACACCAUUCCUGGGAAUUAUGAGGCAGGCUCACAUCAGUAUCAAACCUAUAGCUAUUAAAAAGGAUGCUUAGAGAUGUGCUUGGAUGAUGUUAUCAAGAAGCAAAUCAAGACUUGCUGUACAAUUCAUACAUACAGCUACUGUGUAUCUAAUACAUGUACCUGUAAAAUUGUUUAGGUACAGGUUCAGACCUGAACACAAGGUGCACAUGAACAUAACCAAACUAAUAGUGGACACCACUUUCUAAGACUACAAAUAACAAAAAUUGCACACAAAAAUAACAACUUGAGAUUCCAAUAUGUAAAUCCUCAAAGAAAGAUGACAAUUUGUCAUGUAAUGUUCAUCAGACUUGUUAAGACACAGGUACAGGUACUGGACCUGUGCCUAAACCUGUGUACCUGUGCCUGUACCCGCACCAGUACCUACAAUAUGUUUAGGUACAUUAAGCUCUAGCUACGUAUGUGUUGGCCAGCUGGUCUCUUCAGAUGUCAUAAGGACCUGGCCAUGUGGUGUGGUUAAGGUUAUAUCAUUUUUGCCAUAGACAAUCCUGUAAAGUGGUAGGUAGUGGCAAGCCUGUGUUAUUAAGUUCAGACUAUUUGUGGCUGUAUUAUCUCUAUGUCUAAUGUGUAUAUAGAAGAAGAUAUUUAUUAGAAGCUUUUUACACAUUUUUAUCAUCUAUAUAAUAUAGUGCAUAGUUUUGUACCUUAAAGUGAGAGUAAUUAUGAAAUGGAAACUUUUGAAGAAGAGAGAUUUCUUGAUGAUUUGGAAGAAACUGUGAGAUAGCCUAAUCUAAAGUUGAGGUUUUCCAUUAUUGAAUCCAAUAAAUCUGAUGUAGAAGCUGG